AUGACUCCGAACCCCUCUCUGACCGACCGCCUGCCAACAUCAUACGACGCUCUAGAUUACAAGCGAACUUCCCUCACCCACGAAGACGUUCAGAACAUUGUCGAAGUCUGCAACGCCUACCUGACGACCUUAGCCAACAUCGUCGAUCAUCGCUCGGUUGCCGAUUUCGUUCGUCUACAGAAACCGGGGAACUAGCAUAGCAAGAAAGGCCAAAACGAGGCUACCGUUUAGACCGGUGCCGCAUCUGGCCGGGAGGUUCGCCACGGUUCGGCGCGCGCGCGCGAAGUUUUUCACGGUGUGGGACCUCGAGGAGCGUCCAUGACGGUGUGGGCACUUGAGGUGAGGUUGGUCACCGUGCAUUCACUCGGUCCAAAGGUGGCAAUUUGGUGCUCAGGUUUUCAGAUUGUGCCAAGGUUGUCCAACUUCAGUACGAGGUUCUCCAACUUCGGCGUCAGGUUCUAAAACCUCGGUGAUAGGUUCGGUAACUUCGGAGUCAAGUUCUCCAAGUCCUUGCCGAGGUUGCCAAUGGUUCAAGACCAGGGCUCGGGUUGCGUACGGUUCGCUUCGUUUACCAAGGGUGGAAGACCGGUUGAAAGAAUUCGCACUCACCCUGGCGGUGGACACGGUCAUAGUACACUAUACUGUUGGAUUAUUUUUAUAUUGGCUGUAGCAUAG